AUGCGCUUUCUGCGGUUCGCCCUCGCGGGGCUGUUGUCGCGUGUUGCGAUGGCGUCGUUGCAGGUUGUGCCAGGCGGGACGUGGACGACUCCCGAUGGCCAACAUCUCCAAGCGCACGGCGCCGGCCUAAUCGAAGUCAACGGCACCUACUACCUCAUCGGCGAGGACAAAGCGGGCGGCAGCGCCUUCACCAACGUCAACUGCUACUCCUCCACCGACCUCGUGCAAUGGACCUACGUCGGCGCGCUGCUGACGCGCCAGGCGUCGGGCGACCUGGGGCCUAAUCGGGUCGUGGAGAGGCCGAAGGUGUUGUUUAAUGAUAAGACGGGGAAGUACGUGCUGUGGAUGCAUAUGGAUAGUAGUAGUUAUGGAGAGGCGAGGGUCGCGGUGGCGACGGGGGAUAGUGUUUGUGGGGCGUAUCAGUAUUUGAGAAGUUUUCAGCCAUUGGGUCGGGAAAGCCGGGAUAUGAACCUCUUCAAGGACGAUGAUGGCAAGGGAUACCUGCUUACCGAGGACCGCAACUACGGCCUCCGAAUCGUGGCACUCUCCGACGACUUCACCGAGCCAACGACCGAUGUCUUCUCGUGGCAACUCUCGGGCGGCAACCGCGUGGAAGCACCGGCGAUGGUCAAGCUGGGGAGCACUUAUUAUCUCUUUGCCAGCAUGAUGACGGGGUGGGACGCCAAUGACAACCAGUACACGACCUCGACAAGCUUGAGCAGCGGCUGGGCGAGCUGGAAGAAGUUUGCUGAUAGCGGGACCAACACCUACAACUCCCAAACAACCUACAUCCUCAAAACCAGCGACUCCACAGCCCUCUACUUCGGCGACCGCUGGAUCUCCUCCAACCUCCCGGCCUCCACCUACAUCUGGCUACCCCUCACCAUCUCCGGCACCUCAGUAACCAUGAAAAACUUUGUCUCCUGGGUCCCGACAACCAACUUCGCAGCCUGGCAAUCCCCGCCCGCAGAAAACUCCUACGAAGCCGAAAAAGCCGUCUACGGUGGCCAGGCCAAAUCCGUCUCCUGCGGGAAAUGCUCAGGGGGCACAGCGGCUGGGUAUAUCGGCGGGCCGAGUAACCCGGGGAGCGUGAAGUUUAGCGGGGUGCAUAGUGAUAUUGACGGGUUGACGACGAUAAGGAUCAAGUUUUUGAAUGGGGAUACGGGGGCGAGGUAUGCGAAUGUGAGGGUGAAUGGGGAUGCGGGGAGGAAGGUGGCGUUUUUGCAGGCGACGGGGGAUCCGGCGAGUAGUACGCUACAUGCGCAGUUGAAGAAGGGGGAUGCGAAUGAGAUUGUUAUUGAGGGGAUUGAUGGGGGGUGGGGGCCGGAUGUGGAUCGGUUGAUGGUGCCUGUGAAAUAG